UCAGCCGCGGGUGGUGGCGGCUACUUCCCUUCAGGAAGCCGGGUCUCCGCCUCCUCCUCCCACCCCGCCUGCUCGGCGGCGGAGGCGGCGGCGGCGGCAGCGGUUGUUCCUGCCUCUCCGCCACCUCCACCGCCGCCAGUCCUUCGGCCGGCGGCGUUGGCGGGGAGGGGGACAGUAGUUGUAGAUUCCUCCCCUGCCUCAGCGAAGGUACCAUAUUGAAUGAAGAAAGACUGAAUUUACAAGUGCUUUUUGUAAAAGUCACCUGUGGAGUAGUGCUACAGUUUGAAUAAUAAAACAUUUUACAUUAUGAGGUGAAUGGGAGUAGAAUAUUGGACAAAAAUAAAUUUUGUGAUCUCUGCAUCAUGAUUUUUAGCUACCUGAUUGUUGUACAGUCUCACUAUUUGGGGAUAGUUCAUGCUGAAAAACUGAAGCAAGUACUACAUAAAUAUGACCAGAUUUCUCCAGCCAGUCCUCAGCCUAACAAAGAGAAUCCCUUUUUGUCAACCUAAUGAAGCAUUCAAAGUCAUAUGACUCUUUUCAAGAUGAACUCGAAGAUUAUAUUAAAGCGCAGAAAGCCAGAGGCUUAGAGCCAAAGACUUGUUUCAGAAAAAUGAGGGAGGACUACUUGGAAAGCUGUGGGUACAGGGAAGAAGUUGAUUCCAGACCCAGCUAUAGAAUGUUUGAUCAAAGACUCCCGUCUGGUACCAUCCAGACUUAUCCGAGAUCACGCAAUAUUUCCCAGACAGAAAACCGCUUACCUCAGUGGUUCCCAGCUCACGACAACAGGCCGAGACUAGAGUCUCUGAGCUACUGUCAGUUUCCCAGGGACUGUUUCUCAGAAAAACCAGCACCCCUGAACCUCAGCCAGCAAGAGUAUAAUCACGGUUCAGCCAGUGUAGACUCGGGAGUCCCCCAGUACCUGUCCUCAGGAGCCAGGGCUGGUGCCCAUCAAGCCAGUCAUCAGAAAAGAAGAAGGCGCCCAGAGGAAGGCAAAGAAAAGCCGAGGGAGGAGCGGCCCAAGCACAAGAGGAGGAGGAGUCUUGAAGAGGCAGAUUUAGAAGAGCACUCAAGCAUCCAAAGAAAGAAAACAGAGGUAGAAACGGAACCUGUGCAGGGCGGUGCAGAAAAGCCUAAGCAUCGAAAGGAGAAGAAAAGCCGAGACGUAGGCUCUAGGAAGGAGGACCGCAAGCGCAGGAAGGAGAAAAAGGAGCAAGGCGAAGAAAGAACAGAGGAGGAAAUGCUCUGGGACCAGUCUAUCCUGGGGUUUUGAAGCUCUUGAGUCGGCUCUCCUGAGGUUGAAACUGAAAAAGUAGUUGAGGAGCUUGGUGUUAUGAUGUUCAUGUUCCUAUCACUUAAGUGAAAAAGUAGUUUAAUUCUAACAAAGGCCAGGUGAACACGAAGUAUUUAGGAUGCUUGCUGUGUUGGAAAUUUUCCUCAUUUUCUAAAAACAUCACAGUUUUCUUACAUUUGAUACAAUUUUCCUUUAGGAGAGUGGUUCUAGUUUAUUCAGAUUGCCAUGAUGGAAUUAUUUUCUCUUGGGGAAUAAUUUAUUUUAAACUGGAAGAUUAACAGGCUUUGCAGAAUAUUUCUUGAUUGGAUUUGUUUUCUCUAUGAGUUGGGUAUUUUUAUGUUCACUGGUUUUCUCUAUAAAGCCGUUUAGAUUUUUUCCCCCUUUGUUAACUUGCAGUAUAUUUUCUAGGUUGGAAAAUGGAAUAUUAUAAUAAUAAUAAGCUUAUGUUACAUAUAGUUCUAAAAGUUUCAAAGAGUCUUGAUACAAAAUCAGUUUAUAUUCCAGAGAAGUUUAUAAUAAAGUUUUAUUAAUAAUAAAA